AGCACCUCAUCCCCCAAGAAAGUUGUAGCUUGCGUAUUUCACGGGAGUGCCAUCGUCACUACAAGUUUUCGACUUGGAUACCGGUUGUGUACAUCCAAAUUCUGGUGGGAAGAUGGUUGGGCUGCAAUUGCUCUCGUGUUUGAUAUCAUCUGCCUAUUCGGAGUAUGGGGUCAAGGGCCAACCUGUGCGUGGUAUUCUGGAAUCGCUGUACUCACUCCAGUUAACGACAAUCCUCGCGUUUAUACGGCCAUGCUCUGGCUAAUGCCAAUGGCUUUCACCUCUGUUUUAUGGGCGGCGAGAAUGAGCACUAUAUAUCCCAUUUUGCGCAUCGCAAAUCCGCGAGGUGCACUUCGGCGGACCGUGUAUGCCAUCAUAAGCUGCUUUGCGGUAAUGUGGACAGCCUUGAUUGUUCAGAAGGUGCUUGCUUGCUUAGUGAUUUUUCCUAUGACGUUGUUCGUAUCACCAAUAUGUUCCGUUCAAGCCGAUGCGGUAUCUGACCUAAUGCUGGUCAUCACACCUAUGUAUCUCUUACGAGAUGUCGGGCUCACACGCCAUCAACGAAUUCUCGUCACUUCGGUCUUUUGCGCCUCUUUGAUCAAUACCGCCGUAUCAAUUCCGACUUCUAUUCUCCUAUUACUAAGCCCGAUAUCGGAGGCUACACUAAUAUUCGGGCAUGUCAAGGUGUGCACUUACUUUUGUUUCUUCACUCCGACUGAUCGCGACAUACCCCAACAGCCAGCAACUUCGCUAGUAAUUGCAAAUUUACUUGUUAUAGUUUCCUUUGUGUACCGCUACUUGCGCAGCUCCAGGGCAGAUCUGGACCAGCCAGCAGCAACCAGAGCUGUGGAAUUUUCAACUGUCAUUGACCUAGACCAACUCACGGUGGACAAGCACUGGGGCACUGCGCAGACCUCAUCUCUGGCGAUGUGCACUAUGGCUUCCACCCAGGUGCAUUCUACUUGUCAAGGGGCUGGAAAAUUUAGAGAAUCAUCAAACGAUUCAUCGAUCCAGUAG